AUGAACCAAGAGGCGGAGGAGGCGCAGCUGCCCGAGCAGGAGGAAGUGCCAUGUGAAGGGGAGGUGCAGCAGGAGCAACACAAGGUGCAGGAGGAGGUGCAGCAGGAGGAGGAGAUGCAGCAAAAACAGGACAAGAUGCAACAGAGUGAAGUGGUGAAGGAGGACCAGGAGAAUGUGGAUGUGCAGCAGAGUGAACAGGAGCAGAGGGAGGAGGAGCAGCAGGUUGAGGAGCUGCAGCAAACUGAAGAGGAGGAGGAGGCGCAGUCUGAGGAGAUGCUCCAGACUGAGCAGCAGCACACAGAGCAGGUGCAGCAGCAGCAGACAGAGGAGCUUGAGGAGGUGCAGGACUUUGUGGAUCCUGUGGAGCAGAACCUUAACAACCAGGUCCUGAUUCGACUGAGAGGAAUGCAGAAAUACAAAAGUACCUCGCAGAGGCUGAAGGCCGUCCUGGAGCAGAUGGACCGCGGCGUGGUGGACCUGCAGGAGCUCCGCAGGAACCUGGAGCUCGCUGCCGCCAUGUUGGACGCCGUCUACACCGAUGAGACCAAGCGUCUGCUGGACACCGAGGACGAGCUCAGCGACCUGCAGGCGGAGUCAGUGCCCAGCGAGGUGCGUGACUGGCUGGCGUGCACCUUCACCAGGAAGAUGGGCGUGGCCAAGCGUCGACCUGAGGAGAAGCCGAGGUUCAGGAGCAUCGUCCACGCCGUGCAGGCUGGGAUCUUUGUAGAGAGGAUGUACAGGCGGACGUCCAACAUGGCCGGUCUCACCUACCCGCCCACGGCUUUGACAGCUCUGAAGGAAGUGGACCAGUGGUCGUUUGAUGUGUUUUCCUUCCACGAGGCCACCGGAGACCACGCCCUCAAGUUCAUCGUGUACGACCUGCUGACCCGCUACGACCUCAUCAACAGGUUCAGGAUCCCCGUGCAGGCUCUGGUGCAGUUCGUGGAAGCUCUGGAGAACGGCUACAGCAAACACAAGAACCCGUACCACAACCUGAUCCACGCCGCUGAUGUCACUCAGACCGCCCACUUCCUGAUGAUGCACACUGGACUGAUGCACUGGCUCAGUGAGCUGGAGAUCCUUGCGAUGGUUUUCGCUGCAGCGAUUCACGACUUUGAACACACAGGAACCACCAACAACUUCCACAUCCACGCCAGGUCGGAGGUGGCGAUUUUUUACAACGACAGGUCGGUGCUGGAGAACCAUCACAUCAGCGCCGCCUACAGGCUGAUGGCAGAAGAGGACAUGAACAUCCUGAUCAACCUGAACAAGGACGACUGGAGGGAGCUGAGGUCUCUGGUCAUAGAGAUGGUGAUGUCCACAGACAUGUCCUGUCACUUCCAGCAGAUCAAGACCAUGAGGAACACCUUGAGCCAGACUGACAGCAUCGACAAAGUGAAGGUUUUGUCUCUGAUGCUUCACGCUGCCGACAUCAGUCAUCCGGCCAAAGCCUGGCCGCUGCACCACCGCUGGACCCACAGUCUGAUGGAGGAGUUCUUUCAACAGGGAGAUAAAGAGGUGGACCUGGGUCUGCCCUUCUCUCCUCUCUGUGACCGGAAGGCCACCAUGAUCGCCCAAUCACAGAUCGGUUUCAUCGAUUUCAUUGUGGAGCCGACCUUCACUGUUCUGAUCGACACGACCGAGAAGGUGAUUGGACCUUUGAUAGAAGAGGAUAGGAAGGCCAGACAGAGUGGGAACAGGAGGUCCAGUCUCACAGGAAGUGGCUCCGUUACCGUGGAGUCGGUGCAGAGACACAGCAGCAAUCGCCAUGGAAACAAUGAUGAUGGACAGAUGGACUUUUCUCUGACCGCAAUUGACCUUCAGGUUCUGAGGCUCCACCUCUCGGGCGUCAUCGCCAGCAACAAGGACCGCUGGAAAGAGCUGUCUGUGCACGAACUGGCCAAUAGGGAGAAAGAGAAACAAGAGGAGGCGGAGUCUAACAUCGGCUCAGAGGUCCAGUCUGAAGCCUCACCCAACCACAGCCCUCCUGACGAACACACCGCUGACCAAUCACAGGACUCGCCAGGUGAAACACAUGACGACCAAUCAGCCGACCAGAUGCCUGCGGAUCACCUGACCUGGAACGGGGCAGGCGAGGAGAAGGAGGGCGUCGCCGACCAAGUGCCUGAAAACGUCUGA